AUGAGACAAGCUGCUCUUGAAGUAAUCAAUAAUAUCAUAUCUGAAGCUGUACUGAUUUAUACUGACGGUAGUAAAGAUGAAAAUGGUCACACUGGUAGCGGGGUUGUAAUUAAAUCCGGCAAUGAAGAGACUUUCCUUAGUCAGCGCAACCCUGACUUUAGUUCCGUCUUUGGCUCAGAAUUGAUAGCCAUUGACAUGGCUCUGGGCUUUUCUUUAGAUCACCAAUUAAUUGGUGAGAUUUGGCUUCUAGUUGAUAGUCGUAGCGUCAUACAGUACUUAGAAAACUGGAGGAAUAUUGUAGACCAGAGAGGCAUCCGUGUUUUUGAAAAAUUAAAAUUGAUGUCCAAGUCCUCCGCUAUACAUUUUCAAUGGAUACCAUCUCAUGUAAACCUUAAAUAUAAUGACAUUGCCGAUAGUCUGGCUAAGAAGGGUUCAUCCCUGACUCUGAAUUCUGCUGAGCCCUUAACUUUCCAGGAAAUGCAUUCCAGAAGUAAGGCCGUUGUCAACUCAUCUUGGAAACUACCACCUUCCCAUCCUUGGUACCUUGGCUCUGGCCCUGGUGGUGCUCUGAGCUUUGGCGGUGCUAGACAAGACCAGACGGCUCUGUCUAGAUUUAAAUCUGGCCACCUCAAGACUCUUCGGUUCUUCGGUGGGAACAAGAUCUUCCCCAUCUGCACAAAGUGCAAUUCAAGCGAGGCCACUGCCGAGCAUUUGCUUCGCUGUAUUGGCUUUUCCCGGGAGAAACUGCUUCAUAGCCCCAAUAAUGUCCUUGAUGGUUUGAAGGCGAAUGGUCUCAUGGACCUGAUCUGA